AUGUCGCAAUUCCGAGUUGUCACAGUCUUCUACUCGCGUCGUCACCGUCCUAGCAGCCCCUUCACAGUCAUGCUACUGCCUGGAAUGGCGGCACCUGACUUCAAGGGCACCGCAGUGAUAAAUGGUGAAUUCAAAGAGAUAUCCCUCAAAGAUUACAAAGGCAAAUAUGUGAUCCUAUUUUUCUACCCGCUUGAUUUGUAAGUCUAUUAAUCGAAUUUGAUCCACCAAGGUUUCCAAAUGUUUAAAGUAAAGUUAAUAAGACCGUCACUUGACCGUUUUUAAUGACUGUAAAUGACUUAUAGAGACAAGUUCAAGGCAUAAUAUUUUAAUUAAAUGACUGUUUUUAACUUGUCAAUGGUUUUUGAUUUCGGGUUAUUUACUAUUCAGACUUCUCUAGUUAAAAAAGGCUGCAUUACAAACUCCAGGCAACACAAGGUUUAGAAGAAGUUAUAUCUUACCUCGACUUAGAUACUUUAGGGCCGUAUAAUUAAUCGUUUGGGCUAUACACUGAAAUGUAUAAGGUGAGGCCCAAGCCUCGUAUGAUUGCAUACGCAUUAAUUUAAAUUAGGUAGGGACAAUAAGGCCGUCUCGUAUAACCUUAUUUACAUUAGUACUACUUUACAUGUCCAAUUAAUUUUGGCCGAAGCACCAGAAGAAGUUUAUGUGAAAAGCUCAGUGAUCGUUAUCAUUUAGCCAUAAAGUUGCCUUUUUUGAAACAAAAUUCCGUGACCUUCAACUUUAGCUAAGUAUGUCAGUUAAUUUAUACAAAUCCUUUUGAACUGGUCAUACUUAAUUUUUAAGGCGCAUCAAUCGAAUGAAAGAGCAUUUUAAUAUGAACAUCUUCUCAACACCCUUAAAAUGCACAGGUCUCAAGAAACACUGUCAUAGUUUAACAGAGCGUUAGGAGUGGGCUUUUAUCGAAAUUUUCUAAAGCGCAUCAAAACUAGGUUUACAAUCAAGGUUACUCAAGUAAGUGAAGAAAUUUCUUCACUGGUCGUGAGAAGUUCAUGAACUUGUGUAUGUCGGGAGUACGAAUUUGUUUCCCAAAAAUAGGCGAAAAAACAAAAAUAUUUUGAUUUGCACACUUUGUUUCACCUGAAAGACCAGAAACUGAGGGUAUUUUCUUGGUCUUCUGUUGGCUCCGGAAAAACUUAUUCGAGUUUAAAACGCCAGCACAGUAACCUAGACAUGACCAAUUAACAUUUUGAAAAGACCAGUAACGAGAGCUGUCCGGGGCUACACCUGUUCGUCAGGAUACCUCCCUACCCACGGUUAAGGUUUAAUUAUCUCAGCUUCUAAAACUCAAGAUGGCAGCAGGCAAACGCCUAGUCUACCUAUAAUUCCUUCUGGGGAUUGCGAGUUUAUUUUUGCAAAUUCUCCCUUCUGUCUUCCUCUUUAGUACUUUUGUGUGUCCUACGGAAAUCAUCGCUUUCAGUGACAAGGCUGAGAAGUUCAGGAGCAAGGGCUGCGAACUGAUCGCUUGCUCCACCGACUCCGAAUACAGUCACCUGGCUUGGAUAAAGACCAAACGCAGUGAAGGGGGUAUUGAGGGUUUGAGCAUUCCCGUUCUCUCCGAUAAAAGCAUGUCCGUCUCUAAAAGUUAUGGCGUGUUGAACGAGGAGACUGGAGUUGCCUUCAGGUAGGUCCACUUUGCUCCCCAAGUCCUCAUAUCUAUUCUUAAACUUCCAGAGGUUUGUUCAUCAUUGACGGCAAGGGAAUUGUUCGCCAAAUCACCAUUAACGAUUUGCCGGUUGGUCGUUCUGUUGAAGAGGCCCUGCGUCUACUGGAGGCCUUCCAGUUCACCGACAAAUACGGAGAAGUGUGUCCUGCAAACUGGCGCCCAGGCAAGAAGGCCCUCAAACCAACGGAGAAGGGAGCAAAGGCAUACUUCUCGGAGCACUGA